AUGGAUAUUGAUGAUGAAAUUGAAAUAGAGACAGAUUUAACAAGAUCACUGGCAUCUUCGCUUUCAAAGAAACUUGACAGCAAGGUACCCAAACCAAUACGAGUGAUUCUGCCAACAACGUUUCAAUUCUUCAUUCCGCAAGAAGAUGUCGAUCGGUUGUUGGAGAUGCGUCGUGUCAGUUGUGAAAAGGAAUACGAACGAAGAGUAUCUCGAUCAAAUCUGUCUGCAUUAGUUAAUGCUGAUGUUUACUUACCAAAUGAUAAUUUUCAUCCUGUUUCAUCGUUUGAUGGUACACCUAUUCAACAUCGUGAUAUGGAAUGGUUAACAAUAGUUCUGCCCUUCAUUAGAGAGUAUAAUCCACAUUGUGGAAUAUGUGCUUCGAGUAAAAACUACGGUCGACGUUUAGAUACGGUUCGUGGUUAUCUAUUACGAGCAUAUUUCUACUGUCACGGACGUGAUUGUCCGUUUAAUUGUGUUAUAACAGUUAAAGAAAAUGGAAGAAGCUUAUUGUGUUCACGUUUUGCUCAAGGAAAUAUUGUUGAUCAUCGAAAUGCCAAACGCAUCGCGUGUCCAAAUCGUUCAUCGAAUCAAACUAAACUAAAAGCAAAGAGAACCCCUUCAAGAAACAUUGUCCGACGUCAUUGUAAAUCAGCAGGUGCAGCUAUUCGACAAUGGAAUGACACAUGUACUGAGACCAAUGUAACAAAUGUAGUUUCAAAUGAAUUCAAUUUGACCAUGAGUGAUCUCGAGGAUCCAUCGUUAAUGUCACCAGCCAAGCGUUUUCUUUCCAUGUGUUGUCAGCUGAUGCAAUUGACAGUUAUGUUGCAACAAGAUAUUGAUCCGACAAAUCUGUUACCAGGUGCUCUGCAACACAUUUCAAUCAAACCAUUUUACCUUGUUAUUCAUACCGAAAAUUCAAUACGUUAUUAUCAUUCCGUUUUGACGAAGGAAGCACUCAGUACACCUGUGACAACGAUGCAGCAAGACAGUGGUAGUAAUGCCAACCGUCCUACAUUUAUCUUCAACAAUGAUAUCGCUUGUGGCUCUGGUCAUACGAAUUCUUCUAUAACUUCUGAUUCAUCACGGCAUCCUAUUGCAUAUGUAAUAGCGAACAGUGUAGAGCAUGGAGAAAGAAAGUACUUCUAUUUUGAAUUGAUGCUUAGUAAUCUCGAUGAUACAUCAUUUAUUCCGAUCACCAUCACUUAUACUGAAGACACCAGCGAUACAGUUGCACAAAAUUAUUCGAUCAAAUCAUGGCUGGAGCGUUUUCGUUUCGAUCAUGAAUAUCUAUACAAAUCAUCAUUGCCUUCGUUAUCGGGAACUUAUUCUCUACCUCGACCGUUCGUCUUACUAGUCGAUGAUCAUCAAGAAACACCGUUGAACAACACUCUUUUGCAAUUCUUCAACAACGAAACAUUCAAAGAAUAUAUCGCACGAACUUAUCAAGCAAUCUCGUCAAAAGACGAUUACCCUACAUUACAAGAACAUUCGAAUCGAAUUGUGUUACGCGUUAGUCCAACAACGAUUCUAUUUCAUUUUCGUAUACUUGUGAAUAAACAUGUUUCGGUUGAACUCCGUCAACUAGCACUAUGGUCGAGCUUUUUGUUGCUAUACACAUCGACAUGGGAUGAAAUGAAACAAAAUUGGUGGUUGAUAUGUGAAAUAUUUCUCAAUUGGGGAACAAAUUUCGUUUCGUUAAAAGCUUACGAAGAUCUGUGUGCUAAAGUAGCACAAAUGGAAAAUGAUACUGAAAUCAAACAUCUAAUGGACGUGAUUUAUCACGAUGCGAAUGUCAAUCAACAAGAAGAAAAUGAUGUUGAUGAUGAUAAUGAUUCUCCUGAGACCAUCAUUGACUUAUCUGACUUACAAAAUGAUCAUUUUUACACGAAAAAUAUAAUCACCAAUGAAAGCAAUCGAUAUAUGUCACCGUAUGAAAAUGACCUACGACGAAUCUUCAAUGAAAAUAAUAAGUCGAAGUCGACGCUCUUAUCGAUAUGGGACACGUUGACAGUCUCUGAUCGUAGUACACUGAAGAAAAUCAAAGGUAACUGGAAGUGGUUGAGCCUUCUGCUGAAAGAUUACACUCCAACGAUACCACUUUGGUCGAAUUUGAUUCAUUCGUUCACGCAUAACCUUCGACAUGUUCGUCUCAAUGAACGCAUUAGUCAAUUAAUGGUAAAGAAAGAUAAACGUGCAACUGAAAUCAAACGUAUUCAAUCGAUCGAACAUAUUCACAAACGAAUGGAUCAUGUGAUCAACAAUUUAGCAAAAGAUUUACAUACACAAGUAGCGAAUGCUGAUAAAAAACAUCGGACAAAAUAA